UGACCAGGGGCUAGGAGGUUGGCGAUGUGUACUUCUACAGUGAAAAGAGCCCUGGAUUUGGAAUCGAGCAUUUGGUUCUGUUACCACCUGUAUGAACUUAUACAAGUCAUUGCCCAAGCCUGAGCCUCAGUUUUCUCAUCUGUAAAAUGGGGGGAAGAGAUGAUGGGUUAAAUAAUCAUUAAGUGCUACUCCAACUUUAACUCCCAUGACAAGGUGCUUUGAGAUCCUCUUGAGGAGAAGCAGUUAGCAAUCUUCUCUCCCUUUCAUCUGCCCAGGCUUUUGUCCCCAGUUUGCUGUCUCCUUGAGCCAGGCCAAGGGAAGCUGAGACCCCUGGACCUUACUGAUCUCUCUUCUGACAGCUUGAUGGGAGAGAGUGAGCUCGUCUGUGUCAGUAUCCCCAACGCCUCACCCAGAGUAGGAGGUGAUGGAUAAAUGGUUGGCAAUUGAUUGAGGGGGGCUCAGUUUUCUACUCUGGGCAGGGACUGAGUGAUCCCAACUCUCCCCUUGUGUGUUUGGGGUAUGAUAAUACUUCUUCACAUUUAUGCAGCAGAAUAAUUGGGGAUUAUUCUCCCCAUUUUACAGAGGAGAGAACUGAGGCCCUUGGAGAAGAAGGAACAGCCCAAGGGCAUGCAGCCUGCUAGUGGCAGAGCUGGGGCUAGAAUGUGGUGAAGGGAGGGCAAUCACACUGGGGAGGGGACUAGCUCCCAAGGAGCAGUGGAAGGGACUGGGGUAUCUGUCCUGGAGAAGGGGGGGCCUGGAGGCUUAGCUUCAAGUAUCUGAAGGCUGUCAUGAAGGGUUGCAUUUGUCUGCUUGUCCCCAGAGAGCAGAAUUCAGGGCAACAGCCCGAAGUUACAGGGGGCCCGAUUUCAACUCAAUAGAAGGCAGGGGAUGGGCUUUCCAGGGAGAAUGAGUUCCCCAUCACUGAAGGUCUCCAAAUGAAGGAUGGAGAACCCCUUGAGGAGGAUGUGGAGAAAUUCUUGUUCAGGUGUAGAGUGGACCAGGCGCCCCAGAUGUCUCGGGGGCCCAUCAGCCCCUCAGGGUCUGUGGUUCUAUUCUUGAUGCCUGGACUGACCCGUCCCCCUCAUCCCAGAGAGUGACCAAGACCUAAAGGGCUAGAAAAACGUCUGCUACUGAACUCCAAGGCGAGCAGGCUGCUGCUAGGACCCAGGGCUGGCCUCACCAGCCCCCCCAGGGAUCGAGCGCUCUUUAAAGGGCAGCGCCAGGAGUGACAGCCUGUACCGUCUCCGGGAAGAGCAGCCGCAGCCCUGGGUAGAGGGCUCGGCCUUCCUCAUUGUGUGCCCGGCUUGGGGCAGGAUGGUGCCCCCCAGGGACUCGCCAGCUCCUGCUCCCCCCUGCCUCUUCCUGGGCCGGGGAUGAGGUGAGAUCUUCCCAGCGGGCCCUGGGGAACAGGAGGGCGGGGUGAUGGAUGGAGGAUGAAGGAGUCAAGUGGGAGGCUAGAACCAUGGAUUUUAGAACUAAAUGACCCCUGGGAGACCUGCCAGUCCAAUCCCCUCCUUUUACAGAUAAAGAAACUGAGAUCCAGAGAAGGCAGGCAAGUUGUCCCAGGUCACGAAGCUUCCUUGAUGUCGCCAGGAUGCUAGGGCUCCCACCAGCCACUUGGAUGCCCAGGGCCAUGGCAUAGCCCUUGGGGGCAGAUGGCCAACAGGACUGAGCUAAAUGAGACAUUGGGGGCAGGGUCCCCAUCAUCCCGUCUGGUUGGGCUCAUCCCAGCCGCCUUCCUGGAAGUGGUGACCCUUCUGGGCAAUGGAACUGUGCUGGCUGUUGUCCUCCGCACCCCUGCCCUCCGAAAGGCGAUCUACCUUGCCCACCUCUGCCUGGUGGACCUUCUGGCUGCGGUCUCUGUGAUGCCCCUAGGUCUGCUAGCGGCACCCCCAGGCCUGGGAACCGUGUACCUGAGCCGGGGCCAGUGCAGAGCUGCCCGCUUUGUCACCACCACCUUGGUAUCAGCCUGCACCCUGACAUUGGCUGCUCUUGGCCUGGAGCGCUACCGCUAUAUCCUGCAUCCACUGAGGCCCCGGCCCCGGCCCCCGCCGAUCUUGGUGCUGGGGAUCGUGUGGGGCGUGUCUGGUCUCCUGGGGGGGCUUUCACUCCUGGGCCGGCCUUCUCCAAACUGCUCUCUGGUGGCUGGUCCCCCAGGACCUUUCCGGCCUCUCUGGGCCAUCCUAGCCUUCGCUCUGCCUGCUCUGCUCCUCCUGGUCUCCUAUGGCAGCAUCUUUCGUGUGGCCAGACUGGCAGCCCUCCGCCCCCCACCCCCUGCUCCUGGCCCACGGCCCCGCUCAGACUCCCUGGACAGCCAUCUGUCCAUCCUGCCGCCCCGGCUAGCCAGCCCACACCUGGUAGGUGGCAAGGCAGCCCUGACAUUAGCCCUGGUCGUAGGCCAGUUCCUUGGUUGCUGGCUGCCUUUCUUUGCGGCCUGUCUGCUCCCUGGGCGCUGGAGCAUAGGCAUAGAGGUGGCCCUCACCUGGCUGGCCUACUCUUCCUUCGCUGCCCACCCUUUCCUCUAUGGUCUCCUGCAGCGGCCUGUGCGUGAGGAGCUGAGCCGCCUGGCCCGAGCCUGGCUCCAAGCAGUCCCAGGACCCUGGCACUGCCCACCAGGAACUUGGCUCCCCCAAAGCUUCCUGAAGCUCCUCCGGGGAGACCCAGAGAGCCCAGCCCUGGAUCCUUCUGCUGGCCAGGAAGCAAACACAAUGACUGCAGAGGGGCCUGGCCUGGACCCAGGAGAGACCACCUGAAAGAGGAAACUGGGGAGGGAAAACAGGAGGAGGGAAUCCUAAGAUACCAGAGAGAUGGAAGCCAGCCAGCCAGCCAGCCAGAUACACAUACACCCCUGCGCUAGCAGUUCUCAGGGUGGUCUCAUACUGUGUUCAGCCUGAGCCUCCCAUCCCCCAUGACUUUGCUAGGGACAAGGGAGCCUCUGCCCCUGGUUGGGUGUGUAUGAGCUCUCCUUUCAUCUGCCCGCCGGCCUUCCCUGACACAAACCAAGCCCAGCCCUGCUCCUCGGAGGACAGUCUCCCACCCGGCUAGGAGCCCUUGGAGUCUCCCCCGUAACCCUGGGCCCCUUCUUCCCAAACUGGCAGUGAGGAGUGGCGUCCUUCCCCUACUCCAAACUUCAUUGUUCCAGUCCCUGCCCCCCCUACACACCUAUUUUCCCCGUGGUCAGAUAUACAAAAAGGCUUCCUGGACUGCCUCAAGGAGGUAACUAAAGGAGGCUGUGGAAAUCUCCUCUGGGUCGGGAUUGGCUUUAAGACUCCAGCAUAUGCCAGGAAUGGGUCACCACGCUGGCGCAGGAGCCCAGAUGGGAUGACCUUGAAGUCCCUGGCAACCAGAGGAUCAAUGCCUGGGAGAAGUAUAAAAAGCCAGGCCGGACUGGAUGGGGCCAAGAGCCAAAGCCAAGACUGCAGGAUCAGGAAUCCUCACACAGCUCCUCGGGGUGGGGAUAGAGAACUGAAUGGGGGCCCAUCCCGACUAGAGGGGGAAGAGACUGCUGAGGUGGGGACAGACCCUCCAGGGGUCCCCGGAGCAAGGAUGGUCCUGGGGCCAUGGCAGCACAUGGGAAAUGUGUUCUUAGAGAUGCCUUUAGUCUUGUCCCCCCCUUAGCUCUCUGCCUGUCCCUUUCCCCAAUUCCAACUGGAGACCUCCAGGUCACUGAGAAUAUUUAUUCAAAAACUGGAUUGAAAAAACUGUACAGAGUCUUGGCUGCUGAGAGUGCGCCUGCCCCGCCCCCUCCCCGCCCCACCCCCAGCUGCCUGGCAGU